CACGUGACUGGGUCGAGCAUCUUUUUGGUCCAUUUUGGAUGAUAGCGAGUGUCCUGUGCAAGCCACGAAAAUGACCAAAUUGCAGUUUUUGAACGUCUUUUUGACUGAGCGCCUCAUGCUUGCUGCGCAGGAGAUAUACAAAUCUGUCGAAGAUACGAUUUUGGAGUACCAGGAGGAGAUAGCGCUCAGAGAGCGGGAGAACGACCAUCUGAGACGCAGACUGCGAGAAGCUGGAAUUGAAAUAUGGCCAGACCGCCCGUCCAUGGCGCUGUUGGACGAUGAGGACGGUGAGCAUCCACGGCGCGAGUGGAGUCCCAGCAUGGGACACGAGGAGCGUCUCCCUCUGCAGAUAAAAGAUAAGAGAGAUCUCAGGACCAACCAGGGAGAGGAUCAGCUCCGCGGCCAUGGGUCUUGCAGCACACCAGAGUCCAUGUUCACUCCGCCCCGUGUUGGGAAUGAGUAUCCCCAGGACGCUCCUCACACAUCCAACCUCCCCCAAAGCCAAGGUGUGGAGAACCGGGAGCGAGAUCCGGGAUCUAGAGGCUCAUCGAGACAUGUGAAAGCAGAGAGUGGAGCAGGCCACAGAGGCUCUACUUCCUCCAACAGUGGCCCCCAGCCUCUUGCCCCAGUCAACCCAAACUGCUCAAAUGAGAAUAACAUUGAUAUCAUUGGGGUGGAGAAUGGAGGACAGAUGGUCGGAUCUAAAGGGGGUGCUGGAGGUAGUAGAGGACAGGGCUCUCACAUGCGCAGCCAGGGUGCCAAUGCCGUGGACUGCCCCCACCAAAAAUCUCCACUACAGGGUCACAUGUCAUCGUUCUGCUGCAAGGUGUGCGGCGAGGCGUUUAGUCACAUCGGACACUUGCAUGUCCACGUGCAGGUGCACACACGGGAAAAGCCUUACCGCUGUGGAGUAUGUGGGAAAUGCUGCAGCUCUUCCGGCAGGCUCCAGGAGCACCAGCGUAGCCACACGGGAGAGAAACCUUUCCGUUGCCAGAUUUGUGGAAAGGGUUUCACUCAGAUGGCCCACCUGAAGGUACACAUGAGGAUCCACACUGGGGAGAAGCCGUACAGUUGCCCCGUGUGCGGAAAGUGCUUCAGCCGUUCUGACAAAAUCAAAAGGCACCUUCAGACCCACAGCCGCGAGGGAACCUAUUUCUCAGGGCAAUGAAACGAGUGUGUUGUUGAAUGACCCAGUUUGUGAAUCAUAUUUACAUGGGACACUUUUUUAAAGCUAAAAUUGCUGCCAUUAAGACAAGGCUUUUUCUUCCUACUUUCGAAGAACUAGGAAUUCUGCAACUCUUAGAGAAUGUUUUUAUCUAACCUAACACUUCUCCAUGCCAUAGUCCCUGCAAUAGAAUUUGUAUUAGUCUGUUUAGUAUGUCAUUUACUUACUUUUUUACUUGGCACUGAAUAUAAAACUCUAAGACACAAUUUGAGUUAUUAGCUAGCCUUUCUGAAUUAUUUAGCCUUUUUUUAGUCAUAUAAUUAGCAUGAUGAAGUCUUCCACACAUGCCUUGGAACUGAGAUGCAUUCAGGAUUGCAACAAUGUGCAGCAUUACAAUAAUGAUCGUCUUGACUGAUUUUCAAACAGCCACCUCAAAUCCUUCCGUAGCUCGAGUGCUCAGUUUACACAGCUGAAAAUGUACAGACUUGAUAUCUGACUUGCAUUUUUUUCAAUGAAGGUGUUGAAAGCAAUAGUCUACCUGGAGACAAGAGUCGGUGCACAGAAAGAUGUACUGUAACUAGAAAAUAGUGUAACCGUGAAGGGCAUUUUUAUCUGAUGUAGUCUAACUUAGCUAAUGCAAUUUUUUCACCUAGCAAUUUAAAAUUGUCGCACCUGCAAAAACGUAUUUGCGAGACAAUAUUUAGGCAGGGUGACAAAAGGCUGCAGAAACAACCCGAUAAACUGUGGACUCAUUUCCAAAGACACAAGAAGAUCAAAAUCCGAUCCGACAGUUCUCUAUUUUAUACUCUAUUCUAACUUCUUGUUCCAUUUUGCCUUAUGUAUGAAACCCUGGUUGGUUGCAUAUUUGAACCAUUGGCCUACUGUAAGUGGGAGAAUUAGGUGUAAUAUUAAGUAUUGUGUGGGCAGAUUUUUAUGUACAGUUAACCAUCCAAAGCCCACCUAAAACUAAUUUAGCAUACUAAUGCUGUUACAUUGUUGCAGAGCUCAGUACUGCCAUCUCAUAUGUCAGUGCUUCAUAUUGUCCAUUGAAAUCAUGGAGAAAUCUAUUGUGACACUGCUCUACUAUUGCGUAAGCUAAUGUGAUAUUCUGUAAAAUACCACUAGUCCCAACUUAUCAUGCAUUUAGGAAUUUUGUGGUGUCCUUUAUAUGACCUGCACUAUGGCAUCUGUCCAAGAUGAUGCAGAAAUGUACUCCAUAACAGGGCCAUACAGUAUUAGCUGAACUUAUCUGAGGUUUUUCAGGAGGGUCAGUGCAAAAGUUCACUAGUGUUUCUACAAAAGUGCAGUUAUUUUACAUGUAUGAUUUUUUUUAGCGUGUCCUCAUUUGUGGUUGAUUUUUAACAAAAAACAAAACAAACAAACAAAAAACUAAUAAUGGGUGGUUCAUCAUCGAAUCAGGUACCUGCUCUGUUCUCCUUGGAUUGACCUUCCUGAACAACACACUCUACAGUUACCUUUUCCUCUCAGGACCAAUGCUGCAUUCAUGUCAUGUGGAGGUAACCACGAAUACCACUGUCUGACUCAAAACAACUCUGGUACACGUCAGAAACUCAGGGUUUUUCUUUUCCUUGCCGUACAAUUUGUCCCUGCUCAUCGCAGUAAUAAAUCUAAAGACCUCUUUUUACAACUUGAAUACUUUUCAAAAAGAUGCACCAUUUAGAGUAUAUGAAGACAAUUUGAUAGCUCCAAAGUGAGUGGAGUUUAGAAUGAAUGAGAGCUAAAUUGUCGCUCUGGGAAGUCCAGGGUAUCUCCACAUGUAAUGAAUGCAGCAUGAGAUGACAGCAAAACGUCCUCAAAGCUAACCAGCAUCCCUUCUCUCACAGUCUGCUCUGGGACAACUUUGUCCUGCCACCCUACCCUGCCCCUCAAACGCACACACACACACACACAUUUUACUGUACAGUGUUGUACCAUUGUGUAUUAAAUGUUAUUUUUUAAUAAAGUAGUAAUUGAGUAACAAUU